UGUCUCUGCUCUACUGGAGAAUCCUGAUUGUAAAGUGAAAUAUCUGAGGUUGCGGGAGUGUGGACUCUCAGAUAAAGACUGUGCUGCUCUCGCUUCAGCUCUGAGAUCAAACCCCUCACACCUGAGAGAACUGAAUCUGUCUGUGAAUAAUAUAAGAGACUCAGGAAUGAAGUGUCUCUCUGCUGUACUGGAGAAUCCUCACUGUGAACUGGAGACACUGAGGUUGCGUAGUUGUGGAUAUGAAGGCUGUGCUGCUCUCGCUUCAGCUCUGAGAUCAAACCCCUCACACCUGAGAGAUCUGGAUCUGUCUGGAAAUAAAGUAGGAGACUCAGGAAUGAAGUGUCUCUCUGCUGUACUGGAGAAUCCUCACUGUAAACUGGAGACACUGAGGUUGCGGGAUUGUAGAGUAUCAGAUGAAGGCUGUGCUGCUCUCGCUUCAGCUCUGAGAUCAAACCCCUCGCACCUGAGAAAGCUGGAUCUGAUUUGGAAUAAAGUAGGAGACUCAGGAGUGAAGUUUCUCUCUGAUCUGAAGGAUGAUGAACGUUACAAACUACAGACACUGAAAUUUAAAUGGUGAUGAACAAUUGUGUGUGAAGACUCCAGUGUUCCUGCAUUUCCGUG